GAAGGCCUUCGUGGGAGUAAAACUACAGUUCCCUCUGCGCUCCUCGGAGGUGUUAGUUGUCAAUAUGGCUGUUGUCAGACAGACAAAGCGGAGAGGCAAAUAAUUCGCCUCUGAUUAGAAAUCCUUGGAAAAGGGGUCGCGCAGGGCACUGGCAUCAAACUGCGUCGUUGUUCGGCAGCAGCAAAAGACACCGGUCGCCUUGUGCGUCACUUUGAAAGUUAAAUGGUGAAGUGGACGAUCUGAAGCGAGCAUGUCUGACUUCAGCGAGGAGCCGCGCUUCACCAUCGAGCAGAUAGACCUGCUGCAGCGGCUGCGGCGCACCGGCAUGACCAAGCAGGAGAUCCUGCACGCCCUGGACACUCUGGACCGGCUGGACCGGGAGCACGGCGACAAGUUCGGCCGCCGCGCCUGCCCCUCCGCCGCCUCCUCCUCCUCCUCCGCCUACCUUGUGGGCGGGGCAAACAGCUGCACCAACAACUCUGCCUCCAACACAGCCGCCGCAUCCUUCAACAGUAACGCCACUGCCUCGGCGACCACCACCACCACCACCGCCUCCUCGGGCUCGUGCAACGGUAGCAACGGCGGCGAGGGCGGCGACCAUGCCGGCGCCGCCCUCGCCGCCUCCUCCUCGUCCAGCACCUCCAAAGUCUCGACGGCCACGCAAACGCAGUUCAACAGCGGCGGGGGGCUGUCGCCGUCUCCCAGCAACAGCUACGACACCUCCCCGCCUCCGGGCCGCCCGCCCCCCUCCGCCGCCCUGCCGUCGCCGGUGGCGCUGGUGGCGCUGUCUCAGAACGGCCGGGACAGUCUGGCCGCCACGCCCAACGGGAAGGUGUCCCCGCCGCGGUACCCGGUGAACAGCGCGGCGGCGUCGAGGGCGUUCGGCUUCGAGGCGGCGGAGGAAGACCUGGACGUGGAUGACAAGGUGGAGGAGCUGAUGAGGAGGGACAGCAGUCUGGUGAAAGAAGAGAUCAAAGCUUUCCUGGGGAACAGGAGGAUCUCUCAGGCCGUCGUGGCUCAAGUUACUGGCAUCAGCCAGAGCAGGAUCUCCCAUUGGCUGCUGCAGCACGGCUCUGACCUGAGCGAGCAGAAGAAGAGGGCUUUUUACCGCUGGUACAUCCUGGAGAAAACCACACCAGGUGCGACUCUGAACAUGCGACCAGCCCCGCUGCCUCUGGAGGAGAUGGAGUGGAGGCAAACCCCACCGCCCCUCAGCACCGCUCCCGGGACCUUCCGGCUGCGUCGCGGAAGCCGCUUCACUUGGAGAAAAGAGUGCCUGGCGGUGAUGGAGAGCUACUUCAAUGACAACCAGUACCCAGAUGAAGCCAAAAGAGAGGAGAUAGCAAACGCCUGCAACGCUGUUAUUCAGAAACCAGGGAAGAAGCUGUCUGAUCUGGAGCGGGUGACCUCCCUGAAGGUGUACAACUGGUUCGCCAACCGCCGCAAAGAGAUCAAGAGACGAGCUAAUAUUGAAGCAACAAUCCUGGAGAGCCAUGGGAUAGACGUCCAGAGUCCAGGUGGACACUCCAACAGUGACGACGUUGACGGGAACGACUUCUCAGAGCAGGCCUGCGAUCUCCCGUAUUUCGACAAGAGAUCUCUCAGCCGACCUUUUGGCCUUUACCGACUGGAGCCCACCUCACCCACACAGGACGACAGCGCAGCUCACAACGAGCACCAGGACCCCAUCUCUCUGGCCGUGGAGAUGGCCGCCGUCAACCACACCAUCUUGGCGCUUUCCAGAACCGGAGGUGUGCCCAACGACAUCAAGACGGAGUCCCUGGAGGACGAAUGAACAGCUCAGGAACUGGGAAGGAGUGAGGGAUCAAAGUGCAGUCCAGACGGGGGGGGUGAAGCGGGUUAUAAAAAUGGUGAAAUGGGUGGGUGGGGUUUAAAAAGACCAAAAUAAUCCUACUUAGUAAAAACCUUCAGAAUCUGCUCCCCUCCUCCCAGGGCAUCCGUGUAAACAGUAAUUACCUCCCCACCCCAUUUUCCUCAAUCUAUUGACGCUGCUGGUGGACAUGGUUACUGUAGGCGUUGUGAAAGGCCAGCCAGUGGUCAACCUCCCACCUGACGGUGGCUCCUCUCUGGGACCGGGUCUCCCAGGAACUCCUCUCCCUUUCCAGCACAGGAUACCUCUUCAGUUGUCCCUCCUCUUCCUUCCCUCAGCAGCCUGGUCUUCUGAGCCCAUCCUCAGUCUCUCACCUCGACCUCAGAAAAAAAAGAAAAAAAAAUGACGCACUGUGUAUAUAAUGAAUAUACGUAUAAGCUUCUAAUGGUUCUCAGUCACCCUCACCUCAUGACAUGCUACCUGCCUAAUGACCUACACCCUCAGAUUCUCCUCUUCGCGGCGCCGAAGAGGAGCCUGUAGCCGUCCGCUCGGGGAACGCCGCCGACGAGAGCUUCCUCCUCUUAACUCUCGGGCCGCCAGGCGGUCGGCACGAAUGACACGGGAACUCACGGCGGUCCAGUCGCCGUUCCUCUGCUUUUCUUUUCCCUACAGUCGAGGCGCCACAUCGGAUCAAACCAACGUUGCAAAAGCGUCCGUUGAAAAGAAGUAGCCUUAACUUCACAUAGACAGCUGUUUUUUUUUUUUUUUUUUUUUUUUUUGGCGACCGGUCCAAAGCGCACAAACAAAACAGCUAUCUGCACAGGUGGGGGUCAACGUUGACGUUUCUAUCCAACAGCAGCUGUUUUCCCUUCCUUUCUUUUAGCCACGAGAUUAGCUGUUUGUUUUUUUUUUUACUUUUAUGCUAACCUCCCCUCAGCCAUUGAGGAGAAAGUCAACCUCCCUGAGCUGUCCAAUAAGGGAACAAUUUUCCAGAUCAUCCAUGCCAAAGGAGGUGGCUCUGUGCUGAGAUCUGAGAGGUGUUUUAAGUGAAUCCAAAGGGAUCGCUGCUAACUCCUUUGGUGUAGGUUUCUGUUCUUCUUCAUGUUCAGUGAAGCCUCUCAGGCCAUUGUAGGCCUGACACUACAGCAGGCCUGUAUCAGUUAUGGUAGGUAUUUGCAGGCUCCCAUAUUAUACCCCUAAGCUAUUUACUACUUCUGUGACGCUGCCUCUUUAUAAUAAUAAUGUAAGCAAUGUGCUUUUUUUUUUUUAUAUAUACACACAACAGGUAUCAAAUUAGACUGAAUCCACACUGGAGAUGAAUAUCAAAGUACUAUAGAAACUUUUCUUUAUUUCACCUAUAAGUAACCUCAAAGGGAAGCAACGAAGGGAAUCAAGGACACUUAAAGUGGCUUGGUUUCUUUUCGUCCUGAAUGAAAGUUCUCCAAAACCAUCAGCUUCUAAA